UCGGCGCGUCCGGGCGGUGUCGGUGCGUCCGUCCAUCCGGCUACAACAGGAAACCCUGUUCCUGAGGCACGGAGAGGGGGGGAAACGCGGGUCUAAAACCUCCCACAGGGUCUAAAACCUCCCUGGGUGGGUGGGGGGCUGCGACCUGUCUGCAACUUCUCUGCCCGCAGGAGACGGGGAGCUGAGCUGAGCCCCUGCUGCGCCCUGGGCUGGGGAAGGGGAGAGGGUCCCCUUCUCCUCGUGCAUCACCUCCCUGCUUCCAACCGGCCCUCAGCUCCUCGCCCCGCGGCCCCGGCGCCAUGGCCGCGGCUGAGCUGACCGAGCUGGAGCUGGCCAUCGAGAAGCUGGUCACCACGUUCCUCAGCCAUGCAGGGCAGGAGGGCAGGAAGGGCACCCUGACCGCCAGCGAGUUCAGGGACCUGGUGCAGCUCCAGCUGCCCAACCUGAUGAAGGAUGUCCCCUCCCUGGAGGAGAAGAUGCAGGAGCUGGAUGUGAACAAGGACGAGGAGCUGAAGUUCAGCGAGUACUGGCGGCUCAUGGGGGAGCUGGCAAAGGCCAUAAGGAGGGAGAAAGCUGGGAAGAAGUGAUGGAGCCGGUGGGAAGCUCCUCCAACACAGGGCUAAUAAAGGAGGAUUCCCUGAG